AUGCUGUUCUCUUCUUCCAUCGUUGGCGCGCUGCUCGUCAGUAUGACUACAGUUCUCGGUGCUCCAGCAUCAUACGACAAUGUAUCACCAUCCACGAACCUCGACGUCCUCACCAAGCGCGCCAACUCCGCUGGGUGCGGCAAAACCCCAACCCUCAAGAACGGCGUAAACUCCGUCAACGUCAACGGCAAGCAGCGCCAAUACACCCUCCGUAUCCCCACCGGCUACACCAACAGCAAGCCCUACAAGCUCAUCUUCGCCUGGCACCCUCGCGGUGGCUCCAUGAACGACAUUGCUGGUGGCGGCUCUGAUGGCGCCGCAUGGGCAUACUACGGGCAGCAAAAGAAAGCCGCUGAAAGCGCCAUUCUCGUCGCACCCAACGGCCUAAACGCCGGCUGGGCCAACAACGGCGGCGAAGACAUUGCGUUCCUCGACGCCAUGCGUAAAGCUAUCGAAGCCGACCUCUGCGUCGACGAAGCUCAACGCUUCUCCACUGGCUUCUCGUAUGGCGGUGGCAUGUCAUACUCCAUCGCGUGCUCGCGCAGCAAGGAGUUCAAGGCCGUCGCUGUCAUUGCUGGAGGCUUGAUUAGUGGCUGUGAAGGCGGCAAUGAUCCUAUUGCGUACCUCGGUAUUCACGGAAUUAACGACAAUGUUCUGCCGAUUGAUAUGGGGCGACAGCUGAGGGAUCGGUUUGUCAAGAACAACGGUUGCACGGCGCAGAGUCCUAGAGAGCCGGGCAGUGGGAGCGGGUUACAUGUUAAGACGAGUUAUGCGGGGUGUAGGUCAGGAUUCCCGGUUACGUGGAUUGCAUUUGAUGGCGGACAUGGGCCUGCGCCGGUAGAGGGUGGUGGGGACAGUGGAGCGAGGACGUAUGUUUCUGAUGAGAUUUGGAACUUCUUCCAACGGGUCCACUUAGAGAGUGGUGUGAGAGGAUGA